CUUGUCCACCAAUCAUCGCGUCACUAAACAAGGAUACAAAGUAUCUAUCCUUGUCUGAGGUUGGACCAUUUCUUCUCCACAGAGAAGAUAGAGAACGCGCAAUCUAUUUUUUAUAGGUAUGUCUAUGGCCAUAAUAGCACUAAACCUAACUUAACUCGGUUCACUGAGCCAUCUUUGCACCAAAUCAAACCAAACCAAUUAGUUGAUAAAAUAAAAAUUUCUUGUACGUAAAAGUAUUGUGAUUGUACAGUAAUUGAAAAAAAGGGAUAUUUUGCAAAAUGGGACGCGUUCAGCGUAAAAGAGUGUAUGAAAAAAACAAACUUAAGAAGAUUAGACCGAUAGAAAAAACACGUAAGCAAUUACGCAAGGAAAAAAGGCAACAGAAGAAGAUAAACAGAGCCGCGUAUUAUCAAAAACAACGCUCGAAAAACGGAGAUGUUUUGUUUAAUCAAAAAAAGAAAAAGGAGGAAACUUUUGAUACUUCCAAUCAAGUAUUAAAAACUAAUGAUACAAUGACGAAGAACUACAAAAAAGUCGAUGUUGAACAAAUGCAAAUACAACAAAAACGUAAAAAGGAAGAUAAAGCGGAAAAAAGAAUGAAGAAACGGAAAACAAAACAAUUGAAACUGGAUAACCUGGAAGAAGAUAAAAUAAUAAAGCACUUAGAGAAACAAUUGAAGCUAAACAAACGCAAGAGCAAAUCUAUUUCGAAGUCUUUCGUGUCAGAUGGUUUAGAUUAUCUUUUAGAUUUUUGUGAUUCGGAGAAUAGAAAUUAUUUAGCUGAAACUGAAAAACAGCUGUUGCAGACUGGCUUGAACGUAGAAUUCAAGGAGGACUUGAACAUGGUUAUUAGUGAUAACGAAGAUGAAGAUGAGAAACAGAAUGAGGAAAAAAGUAUGAUAGAUGAUAGAAAUAACAGCCAGAAAAACAUGAUUCAAAAUAGAAUAGAUGAUUCCAAACAGAAUGAAGAAGAUGAAAAUAUCUUAUUUGAUGAAAAUUUAGAUCAAGAUGAUGAGAUUUUAGAAGAAGAAACAAGUGAUUUAAAUCUUAAAUUAGAUAAUGAAGAAACAGAAAAUAAAGAGGAAAGCCACAAUGAUAUCUCAGAAAAAUCAAACAAUAAUGAUGGUUUAUGGGAAGACAUUUAUGGCAGACAGAGAGACAAACAGGGCAAUGUAGUAUCAGACAGAUAUGUACCACCUGCUGCACGUGUUGUAAACACAGAUGUUUCUUUAGAUAAUGAGAGAACUCAUAGAUUGCAGAGACAAUUGAAGGGUAUUUUAAACAAAUUAGCAGAGCAAAAUAUGUACACCAUUGCAAAGGAGGUAGAAGAAAUAUAUAUGUCAAACAGUCGUAAUGAUGUAAAUGUGUUGCUUUCUAAAUUAAUGAUGGAAAGUAUAAUCACAUCAAUAUCAACUCCAGACCGUCUCAUCUGUGAGCACAUGAUGUUGAUCACUAUAUUGCAUGCCAAUGUUGGUACAGAAGUUGGCGCACAUUUUUUGCUCACUUUUGUGAAAAAGUUGGAUCAAUUAAUGGAGGGGUCUCACUGUGUUGAGAACAAACAAUUAGAUAAUAUAAUCCUUAUGAUUUCACAUCUCUAUAAUUUUAAGAUAUACGGUCAUCGCCUCUUAUAUCAGAUAUUGGAAAAACUAGCUGCAAAAUUUACAGAAAAAGAAAUCGAACUAAUAUUAUUAAUCUUGAAAACAGUAGGGUUUCAAUUGAGAAAAGAUGAUCCAGUUGCGUUAAAGGAGUUUAUAAUAAAUUUGCAACAAAAAGCAAAUACUGCAACUCAGGAAAAUUCGAGAGUCAAAUUUAUGUUAAAUGUAUUGCUAGCAAUAAAAAACAAUAAUGUGAGCAAAAUACCUCAUUAUGAUUCAUCCUGGAUAGAACAUUUGAAGAAAAUUCUAAAGAACUUUAUUCAUAAAGGCAACAUCGUUACACAGUUCAAUAUAACUCUAGAAGAUUUGCUAGAAGCCGACGAAAGAGGCAAAUGGUGGGUAGUAGGUUCGGCUUGGUCCGGUCUCGGGAAUAAAUUAGAGAAAACUUCGAAAGUGACAAAACAAAAGUAUAGCGAAGAAAUAAUGGAGCUGGCGCAUAAACAGAGAAUGAACACCGAUAUCAGAAGAGACAUUUUUUGCGUGUUAAUGACAGCGGAGGAUUAUUUAGACGCUUUCGAGAAAAUACAUCAGCUAGGCUUGAAAACUCAACAGCAAAGAGAAGUUGUUUAUGUCAUCCUGAGUUGUUGCAUUCAGGAAAAAAAGUUCAAUCUUUACUACGCUAUUUUGGCACAGAAACUAUGUGAUUCUGACAGAAAGUAUCAAUUAAGUAUACAAUUCGCAUUGUGGGAUAAACUGAAGACACUGAAUGAUUUGAAUACGGUGCAGCUAACAAACUUGAUAAAGCUUCUUAUUCACUUGUUUUUAAACAAAGGUCUUCCUCUUUCUGUUUUAAAAAUUAUCCACUUCACUGAAUUAGAUAAGCUUACCAUGAGACUCGUGCGACAAAUUAUGCUAGGAAUACUUCUGCAUAAAAAUGAAGAGGCCUGUUUCGAAGUGUUUAGCAGAAUAUCGUUUUCUCCAAAGUUGCAGACUUUCAGAGAAAGUCUUCGAUUGUUUAUUAAUCAUUUCUUGAUAAAAAACAUCUCUACUGUCGAAAACUUGCAAGAACAAAGUAAACUAUUAAAAACACGGGCAGAACAUGUAGAUAAAAUCUUAAGCACUCGAGACUCGAAGUCUGUAUUUUAAACAAUAUAUUCUAAACAAAGAUCCAGGUAAAAUCCAAGUAUGUUGAUUGGUUAUCAAAUAGAGUUUUAUAAAGAACUCUAUUUGAUAGCCAAUCAAUCAAUAAAGAACUCUAUUUGAUAGCCAAUCAAUAUAUUUAAAAUCUUUGUCGUACGACAAAUGUAAUACUAGCCUAAGACGAAAAUUUUGUUCAUUCCCUUUCGCUUCGCGGAAAGGAAAAAAAACUUCGAUAACUCGAAACCUCUACAACUCGAAGAUUUUUGCUGCGUUCCGAGUUACGCAUAUGUCUAUACUAUACGUCACGUGUACUAUAGAUAAAUGCGCGCAUAUGCGUAACUCGGAACGCAGCCUUUAGCUCUUCCCUUGAGAUUCGAGUUAUCGAGGUUUGAUUGUAUUUGGUUUAAAAUUUGAGGAUCCCAAAACGGGCGAUUUUUAAGAUCACUCUUUCAGUCCGAGUUUCUGAUUUUAAAGGUUUUUAUAUAGAGAUAUAAAUGUGCGAGAUUUGUAAAAUAUAUUUUUAUAUUUUUUUCUAAAAGAGUACAUUAUAAAAAUACGUGUAAUAUAUAUAUUUAUAUCAACCUAUACUUAUCAAUACUUGGGUACUUUUUAGCAAGACACCGUAUAACACAGUGUCUACUAAUGUGAGUGAGACACACCGAUAUACUCUUUCUACACUAAUGGACAUUGUGUUACACUGUGUUUUGCUGGAAAGCACUCUGUAUCUUUCUUUAUAAUUAUAAAAUAUAGACGAGCGUACAAAAAAA